AUGCUUGACUAUCAAAAGAUUGCAAUUUCAUUACAAGCUGUAAGACAUGAUGUUUUCAGAACACCAAAGAAUCCGAUGAUCUUGUCAAGUUUGGUUGGUGGUGGAUUCCAGUUGUUCAUCACAGUAUUAAUCACUUUGAUAUUAUCGAAUAUCAUACCACCAUAUUCAAACAGUGGAUCUCUUCAUUCCAAUCUUUUGUAUUGUUUUUUAUUCACUGGUAUUAUUUCAGGAUAUACAUCGAAAAGAGUUUAUCAAUCAAUGAGUGCAAAGAAUAAUGGAUUAAAAUUUGAUAUUCAAUUCUCAUUUUUAGUAAGUAUUCUAUUUUCAUACUAUAUCUUGUUUAUGUUGUCUGUUUCAAAUUCAGUUGGAGCAACAAACACACCAUCCUUUAAAAACAUGGUUGUUUGUUUUGUAAUAUGGAUAUUUGUUCAUACACCAAUGGUAUUCAUUGGAUUGUUUAUUGCCAACAAACAACCAUAUCCGGAAAUACCAAUUCAACCUUCAGCAUCACCACAUAUCUAUCCUUCAACUCUCUUUGUUGGUGCCGUUGCUCUCUAUCAUACUUUUCUAAUGUAUUCAAUUAUUAACAAUUGGAAUUGGAGAGUAUAUGAAAUGAACACUGGAACAAUAGUAUUCUUUAUCCUAUAUCAGUACUUCAUCUCUAGUUUAUAUCAUAUUUCAUUUGAUGAUUCAACAUUAAAAUUCUAUUAUUUCGCAGUAACAGGAUUCAGAUCGUUAAUCAUUUAUUUCCUCAAUAGUUCCAUCUCUUAUCUUUCAUCUUAUCUAUUUGUAAGAGUUUUAUACAGUAAAAAAUAUCUUGGUGGUAAACCUCUUUUCAGAGAAGAGAGUGGAUUUAAUGAAGGUCUGAAAGAAUCGUCAGAGAUUGCCUACAAGUGGUCAUUGCUCAUCGGUGCCAUCAGCUCACUCGAUGUGUUCUAUCAUCAUAGCAAAUCAAUGGUCAUUGAGGAGCAAUCGAAACUCAUCACAUCGUUGGAGGAUAUGCAAUCAAGACUCAAAGCUAUAUUGAACCUACAUUGCUCACCACCCACCAUAGAUAUGUUAAAAGUGAAAUUCAACAGCUAUAGUCAUACUGAAACAACUGAAUCAGAUCUAUCGACCCACCUAUCAAAGACAACCAUUACAAGCAACAAUGUAGAUUCCUGUUGUAGUAGUUGUGAAGAUGGUGAUGAUAGUGGUUGUUGUGGUGGAACACUGAACAAAAUCAAAUAUAAUAUAUUCGAGUGGAGUUGGAUCAUUUUCGAGUUUUUCCAAUUUUAA